AGGAGUUGAUGUAAGGAUCUAGAACCCCUUGAACGUAGGAAAUCGCUCUCCACUACAUCCACAUCAAGUCCAAGAAAUUAAAGGUAUUUAAGAAUACUUGCUUGCUACAAUUCAUCCAUCUAAAAGAUCACAAGAAUAGUUUUAGGUUUAUACUGAGUCUGCUGGGACUUUCUCUGUCUGCAUGGUCUAAGGUCAAAUUUUUGCAGAAAAGAUGCCGAAUAAUAGGGACAAGAAGAUUCCCGGCCGCGCAUCACAAAUGACUACUCAAUCUUCGCGCUCCAUCUUCCAAGACCGAUACCGCUUGCGUGCUCAAGCUAAGCCGACGUCGGGGCCUAAGCAUGUAAAGAGAUUCAUGUACAGGAUAAAAGGCAAAAAAGCGAGGAACACAGCCAUUUUUACACAUGCAAGGCAAGCGAAAGUUGGACAAGCAGGUGACACCAGGGUGUCCCAAGGACACCAGCGUAAAUGUAAAGCUAUAAGGACCAGUCAGCAACAAAGAGACAGUAUUGUUCCGAGUUCAAGGCAGUUAAGCGGGGUGAGGUGUCUCACACUAGCUCAAAUUAGCGUGGCUCGGAGACGUAAGUCAGUGAUAAAGGUGGUGCCAACGGCAGUAGAAGAGAGCGGAGAAGAGUCAGAGUAUUUUUCCGCUCCAUCCUCCCCUCUGAUAGAUGGACGAGAGACAAAGCGCCGUAGAGGAGAUGUAAAACCUGCUCGAGCAUCGCCUGCACCAAAUGAAGGAGAACCAAAAUGUCUAGAGGCCAACCGCAGAUCUAGAAACGAACAAAUCGAGAACGAGAACGAGGAUGAGGACGUACAGGAAGUUACGCCGCAGGAUUGGUUGAAAAGCGUCAUCAAAACCAGGCCAGCCAGAAGUUUCAAUGAUCUGCCAGAUUCAUGUAUUCUGCAAAUCUUGGAUACACUCUACGAACAAGAGGAUGGGAAGCUCGUCUCAUCAGUCUGCUUCGGGCUCACCUGCAGACAUUACUGGUCCAUCUUUAAGAUGCAGUGGUGUUGCCCUAGCAGGAACACGAUUUACAACGCUUACGCACCGAAAGAAGACCAAGCACUCCUGGCACCCUUGCUCUAGAACUGGGUUCCCGAAAAGUAUUGAAUCAUGUCACGGAUUGAUGGCAAGGUGAUACAAGCUUUUUACCCAUGUUUUUGUCGAAGAAGCAACACGGAGAAGGGUAUAUU